UGAGCGAGGCGUUUUCUAGGACAGAUGGCAUCGAGUUGCAGAGCUCCUCGUAUGCUAUCUAAAGUGGUUAUUUCAUCAUCCUUGCGGUUCCAUGCCCACAAUUGUUGCUCAUGCGGCGUUCAAAAGAUUUUCUCUUUAUCAUUAUGUUCUAGCCCUCAGCGCUUUAUUUGCACAGCAUCGCAUAGGUACGAAGCUUGACCAGCUUGGCUCUCUAGCUAGAGCUCGGGCUUUUUUAUUUACGGACAUUUCUCCAUUUCUUAUGUUCAAAAUUGAUCACACUAUCAUAAGCUGUAAUAGUACCUCUCCAUUCCUCCUGAGCCAUAACCAGCCGAUUAAUUGAUGCACUGACAGGCCGAUAAAGCCAUUUUCCUGUUGUUGAAAACAAGGAGCAUACAGAGGUAUCCGUAGGGACACAGACUGUGC